AUGUCAUCGUCACGUCGCGGAAGUGCCGAAGGUGCCCCCGAAAAGAGUCCGAGCCGACACGGCGCCUCCUAUUCCGCAGCCGAUGCAACUCCGGCCCCUCGCCCCGAUAGCCAGCCGCCUGUCAGCGGCUCCGAUGUAGCCCCUAACCCCGCGGCAACAAGCGAUGCCAGUAAGCCAGGGGAACAAAAGCUGGUCGGUUCCGCUGUAGCAGCCGAACCUGUAGGAACAAGCGAAGGGCACCGUCCAGCGGAAGAAAAUCCGGUCGAUUCCGUGGCAGCAGCCGAGCCUACUGGAACAAGUGAAGGCCACCAUCCAGUGGAAGAAAAACCGGUAGGUUCCGUGGCAGCAGCCAAGCCUGUAGAAACAAGCAAAGGCCACCAUGCAGCGGAAGAAAAACCGGUCGGUUCCUCUGCAGCAGGCGAGACUGUAGGGACAAGCGAAAGGCACCAUGCAGCGGAAGAAAAACCGGUAGGUUCCGCUGUAGCGGCGGAGCCUGUAGGGACUAGCGAAGGCCACCCUCUAGCGGAAGAAAAACCGGUAGGCUCCGCGGCAGUAACCAAGCCUACAGGAACAAGCGAAGACCACCAUCCAGCGGAAGAAAAACCGGUUGGGUCCACGGCAGCAUCCGAACCUACAGAAACAACUGAAGACCACAAGCCUCAGGAACUAAAGCCCAUCGGUUCCGCUGUAGCAGCCGAGCCUCGAGAAACAAUCGAAGGCUACCGUCCAGCGGAAGAAAAACCGGUCGGUUCCGCUGUAGCAGGCGAGAGUGUAGGGACAAGCGAACGCCGCUAUCCGGCGGAAGAAAAACCGGUUGGUGCCGCUGCAGCAGCCGAGCCUGCCGGAACUAGCGAAGGCCACCCUCCAGCGGAAGAAAAACUGGUAGGUUUCGCGGCAGCAGCCAAGCCUACAGGAACAAGCGAAGGGCACCAUCCAGCGGAAGAAAAACCGGUUGGUUCCAUAGUAGCAUCCGAGCCUACAGAAACUAGUGAAGGCCACAAGCCUCCGGAACAAAAGCCCGCCUGGUCCGCUGUAGCAGCCGAGCCUCGAGAAGCAAUCGAAGGCUACCAUCCAGCGGAAGAAAAACCGGUCGGUUCCGCUGUAGCAGGCGAUCCUGUACGGACAAGUGAAGGCCACAACGCAGAUGCACAAAAGCCGGAGCCGCAGUGUUCGAUAAGCGCGGCGUCCCAGCGUUCUCUCGAGCUGACGGCCGGUCUGAGCUCGUCACUGCCUCACCAACAGUCCGGACCCCUCUCGCUUCCUAAGGCAACGUCAAAGUCGCGCGCAGACUACGUGUGCGGCUCGUCCCAGACGCUGGAAGACUCUACCGGCGCCUACAGGUCGCUCACCCUCCAGUACUCGCCGAGGAGACGGAACCAGCAGGACUCGUGGUCUGGGGUGACGUCGCCCGGCGGCAGCGAGGCACCCUGGAGUCCCAUGUCGCCGAGCUCGCCCGGCAGCCGGACGCCGUCUGUCUCGGCGGCGGGGGCCUCCAGAACGUGGGCUUCGUUCGCCCUGCCGCCAGGAGCCGCCGACGACGCCCAGACGAAGCUCGUUCACUCCGAGGAACUCUUCAAAAAAGCAGCGUCGGGCGCCGUCACUGCCGAAAGGGCGCGGUCCAUGACGAUGCAAGUGAGCAGUGGGCUCCACGAUCAAGCUUCGCCGAGUCCCAGGACCGUCACCGUUUGGACGGGCUUACCCUGGAGGCUCUCGCGACCGCAGUCGCCGUCAUCUUCUGACAAGCAACUCGCCGCCGCACUGUCUGCGGAAGCCGCCGAGUUUGAGGACGCGUUGGCCGCUCCUCGACUACCGUGGGCCACGCUGACGGUGAUGUGGCUCGCGGCGCUGGCGCACUGGAAGUUCCUUCACAAGCACUACCCCGAGCGUUGCGCCAGCAGCGUCGCCAUCGUGGACGAAGGCCACUGGUCGCGAGUCGUGUUCGCCGCGUUCCAUCACGAAGACUUUUGGCAUCUGACGUCGAACCUGGUGCCCUUCUUUUUCAAGGGCAUCGUGCUGGAAGCCGCGCUCGGCACGACCUACUUUGCCGCCUUGUUCACCUUCGCCGUCCUCGCGGUCGGUCUGGCCAACAUGGCCGUCAUCGAAAUUGCGUACGCAUACACUCGUGCGUCCUACCUGCGCACCAUGUGCGCGCACACCUUCUCGGGCGUCGUGGUGGCGCUGCAAGUGUUCAGCUUCAGUCGCUACUCGGGCGCCACUCUUCAUUACGGGAAGUACGAGCACUCGGCGGGCGCGCACUGGGGCCUGCUGUUGGCGGCCGAUCUGGAGUUCGCGUGGCCGUCUCUGCAGAGAGCCUUGCUGCCCGUCGUGGUCGGGCUGUUUGUCGGCUUGAUCAUGGUGGCCGUCGUACGGUGA